GAAAUUCUUCAAUUCGUCGCCUCUCCAUGUCUUGCUCGUGGUGCCCAUGGGUUCCGUGGGACUUCUCUUGAUCUAUCACAUCUUCGAUAUCAUUCGCGAGCGCAUCGCGCACAUGGAUGACGGAGAAAAGGAUGAGUAUGAAGAAAAGUGGGAUGAAGAAACUGAGGAGGCCGAGAAUGAUGUGGCAGGUUUGUCCAUGUCCUUCUUGACCGUGCAGGCCAUGCGGUUUGCCAUCAGCGGAAUACUGCCUAACCAGGAAGGUCUCGAACCCUGGGGGGCAGCCAUCAGUCACACGCCGCAUCAAUGUCAUUUGCUGAUGGGUUGUGGCUUCAUUUUCUUCUUGUUGUCCAUGGCGGUCCUGAACUCUGAGAGGAUCGUGGAAACGCCCGAACGCCUGGAGAGGGUCAUCGAGAUCUUGAACAAUUAUUUGACCUUCGGCCUCUCUUGGUGCCUCUUCUACGGCGUGCGCUGGCGUAUCUCUGCCACACACUUCACGCACGAGAAUGCAUUGCUGAUGGUGGCCAUUGCCCUCUUCCUGUCUGCUGUGUCUUUCUUGUUCAUUUUUGUCUUGGACAAGGUAGAGGACAACCACCUCUUCGGCGAGGACGCGGAGAUUGCGGAAGGGGCCACAGAGAAGAUCAUCACAGGCCUUGGCAUUUUAAUCGGCUUCAGCUGGGAACAGAGCUUUGACACUGCUGUGGACGUUGUGGCCGAGGGGCUGCGUCAUCUCGCCCCCCCGACCUUUUCGAAGAUGGUCAUGUCUAUCUGCUUGGUGAUGAUCGUCUUCCCAGCUUGGCGCUUCUAUAUCUUGCCCACGGAGAGAGAAAUCAGUGAGGAGACGACGGAAGAAGGCGCCGAAAAAGCGCGCUUGAAGGAAUACGCAAGACAACACUUCGAGCUCUUUGUACACCACGCCACGGAUGAGAACGAUUUGGACCGUGCUCAUCUGCUGAUGAAGCGCCACCGCCGAGCGGCGCACGGCUUAAAGCACCCGGGAAGUCAUUUACCGCAACUGAAACAUUUGAUGGUCACCAGUGGUGGUAUCAUGGAAGUGGAUGCGCCAGAGGAACACAGAAGUGACAAAGGAGAGAAGAAAAAGAAGAAGAACGCUGGACACAAAAAAGAUCUCUCUGUCAGUCUGUUGGGAUGAACUGGAAAUGCUCAGAGGCAACGAUGUGGCAAAAAUCAGGCGUGACAACUCACUGGAUGAUUUGCUGGAAGUUUAAUCAUGAC